AUGGAGACUGGUGCACAAGAUGGAUCCUCAGGAUACUCGACAAUGGACGAUUACGAGUCAUUGAUUUCAACAACAGAUGCAGAACUCUUGAAACGUGCUUGGCAGAAUGAGAAGGCUGCCCCACAAAUUCUUCGAUUUGAGGCCGCUCUGAUUCAAAGGUCACGUGAACAAAUUAAAUUGAUGGAAGAGACAGUGGGAGAAUUCACAAGAAAUGGCAUUGAUCCACUCACAGUGUCUCUUUAUCAGAUGGACUUGGACAGGACCGUCUUUCUCUUGAGGUCAUAUCUACGGACUCGUCUUCAAAAGAUUGAGAAGUAUGUGUUUCACAUCCAGAAAACUGCCGAGUUAUGGAAUCGGCUUUCCAGACAGGAGAAAAGGUUUGCUGAAAGGUGUAUAGAAGACAUGGAAAAGCAUUUGGAUCAAUCUGUUCUUUCAAAGUUGCCUAGCAGUUACAAGUCUCAUUUAAAGCAAUCUUCAAGUAGUGAAGAGGAUGACAUGGUUCCUGAGCCACGGCUCGACACUUACGUCAUCUGCAGAAGCAAGAGAUUUUUAGGAGCCUUCCAGCUUGAUGACAGCGCGGAAGAGCCUGUGAACAUUGAAGCUGACGAUCUGUAUGCUUUACCUUACAAGUCAAUAAAGCCUCUUGUGGAGACAGGUCAAAUUGAUCUGGUUUGAGCGUUUGGCAGCUAUUCUAAUGCUUAUUCA